UAAAUGCCGAUUUCAUCCGCCAUUUAGAUCGAGGGACGACAGCGAGUCAUGUCCAGAGUAGCGAUGCAUCAUUCAAUCAUCACGUGUGAUGGAAAGCCUGCAGUGGAACGCUGCACAACAUGUUGCAGACAGUUCCACUGCCCCCUUUGCCCCAAAGGCAUGUUCAAGCCGAACCAACCAGCCAGACUUCAGCGACAUUUGGAAGUACAUAUUAAAAAUGCUAUUGCAUUUCAAGAUAAGAAGAUCUGCCGCUGCAAUUUGAACUGCAGGAAUGGGGGACAUUAUCAUUGUCCUUUUUGUGACAAAACUGUUGUUAGAAGGACAGACAUGCAAGCACACUUAAAGUCUUGUCCCAUACAACCAUCUUCCACCUCAGCAGCUGCCCAGUCCAAACAGAGUCAGGAUUCAUCCUUGCCCUCCCUACAACCAAGUUCGUCUGCUGCAUCCAUUCCUCUGCUUCCACCAACCAUAAUAUCCCCAUCUCCAGACCUUCUUGUGCAACAGGAUACACUCACAUGUACUAUUCCCUCUGCCCAAUCAAUUCAAACAUCUACCAUCCACUCCUCAGCAGACACACAUAUGACAUUGUCUUCUCCUUUGGUUUCCUCUUCUGUUGUACAUACUAUCCAAGAGACUGAAGGUCCAAAAUCCAAAUUGAAACAGGUCCAAUGUCCCCUCUGUUCAGUUACUUGUUUGAAGAGAAACUUGGCCAAACACAUCCAGAGGAAGCACCCCAAGAAACCGAAGGAUGUAACAGAAAGUGAUUAUUUAAGGAGUGUCUGUGUGGAUGCCAAAAAUGGGAUCUCUGCAGUCCAAAAAGGAGGGCAUGGCUUUUCAAUCCCCAUACAUGUACAGAACAAAACCUGGGGUCGAGUACACAAGGUUCAGUGUGAGUUGGAAGAAUGCAGGCAGUAUUCCAAAAUGGCAUCACGAAGUGGAUUAAUUUUUACACACUGUGAACACAUCCGCUCUUUGCAAUACUGUACAGACAUAGCCACUGAAGAAUGCCUUAGAGAAGAUAUUUUAUCAGAAAUGGUGCACUUAAAAUUUUUUGGUGACCCAAAAAAGUCAACCUGUAUUAAAAGGCAAGAAAAUGCACAGGCAGCACAUGUCCCUCUCUGUGUUGAGGUGUCAUUUGAGGAAAGCUCAAAGCACUUUUGUUUUUCAGUCCAUGAGCCAACUUUACACUCUUACAGUCGCCUUGGGAGGAUAUUUGUAACAUACAAUUCAUCAGCAAACACAUGGCAUUGCCCUUGUGCCAAACCAAGGAUGUCAUGUGUCCACAAAAAUAUAAGCAAAUGGCAUUUAUUUCAAACCAACCCGGAUGUGUUCAGAACAGAGGAAACCAGCACCAGUACACCAAAAAAGCACCCAGAUACUGUCUAUCCACCAUCAGCAGAAGUCUUCAAACGACUUGUAGAGUAUAUAUAUGGACAUAAAAAACUUCCAGCUAACCUGCCAGAUGACGUUAUAAAACCAAAAGCACUCACAGACUAUGUCACAGAGUUGCAGCCAGCAGAGACAGUUUGUGCACUCUGUCCAGGACCUGUAAAUCUUGAAGAGUCAUCAAGGAUCUCUAGAAAGGCCAGGAUAAUCACCCUGAAUGGUGUAAUUGAAAGUGUAUCGACCUAUUUCCGGCGAUGUCCAGUGUGUGACAUGACUUAUAGGUACCAGGAAUGGCAAGACGGUCUCCAUAACUUUGAUGACCAUACAAUAUUGACCCUGGAACUUUGUGUAUACCUGAGACUUAACCUACAGAACAACGUCUCAGUAUCCAAGGUAGUAAAUGCAAUCGAAGGCCUAAGAAAGGUGACAAUUCCUGGCAGAGAUGCAGUUCUGCAUGCGUACUGCCACUUUGAGGCAUUGACAAGCCAUGACUACUCCUUUUCUUGUGUUUGCUGUGGCUACUAUCCUCCAGUAGUUGUUAUGGACUUACACAAAAAAGGAGUGUUCAACUUCCCUGUGAGUGACAUUACAGAUGCCCCAGAGAACUUCACUGGUGAAGUCAACGUUGAAGAGUUCUGGGACUCUGUACAGCUGGAGAAGAUUUCUCGUGGCUUUGUCCAAAGUCGUGCAAAGAACAGCUUCAGUGUAAGACCUAGUUAUGAGUACUGGGGCCCAUGGAUAGGAAGGAACACACGUAAAUCGGAGAUGGCAUUAAACACAGAAUUUGAAAAAGCAUCCUCUGCAAAGUCCUCCACUGAAGCUGAAGUCAGCAUGGUGUCAGAAGACCGGCUGGUGGAUGAGCUCAUGAAGCAGAAGGUUUCAACUGUGCGUAAACUGUGCAAGGCCUGUAAUUUGGAUGCAAAGGGGUCGCGGAUGGAUCUGAUUCUUAGACUUAGGCAAGAGAUGAAGACACGACACUCAUACGACAAGAUAUUCCAGAAAAUCUGGGGAGCCUCUGGUGGGUGGUCAGUGAUUCUCUGCCCACAUGGUGUGGUGUACAGUUUGAAGUUUAACCUGCGUGCAGAGUCUCCACGAGAUUUUGCUGACCUUCUUCUAUCCUGGAAACAUCUGCCAAAUGUCACAGUUUAUGACUUUGCUCGGGGUCUGGCAACUCAUGUCAACCUACGUUGGCCAACUGUGAUACCUUUCAAACCACAUGAAGGGAGAUUGGCUGCAUCGACACCACAGAACAUCACAGCAGCUCAGCAGAACAAACUCAAGAUCUCACUACCAUGGCUGACUGAAAUGUUGCAGAAUCCUGAUAAAGAUGGGCAUCCAUGCACUGGCUCCCCAGACCACUAUGUCUUGUAUGACAAAUUUCAUGAGGCCAAUACCAAAGACCCACAGGAAGUGUUGAGGAGAAUCAACCUGGUUCCAGAACUUCAGGGUUCAUUGAAUAGCCAGGUGGCCGAGCAACUUUUUUCAUGUAUGCGCAAAAACAACUACUUCCUCAACAACAUGGCAUCCUCAACACACGUUUUUUUGAUGAGAAACCUAAUACAUCACAGAAACAACAAAACAAAUGCACAGCUUUUAGAAAAGCAACUACAGAGAGGACGUGAGUCACAUCGUUUGCAAGACAUCACACUGGACAAAUUUGGACAAGCAGUAUUUGGACCCCCAGCAUCUGAUAUGCCUACACAGCAUCAUCCUGCAGUAGCUGGAACACCUCAGCAGCUCCAUGUGCUCCCCACUGACCCAAGCACAGACAAUAAUGCCUGUGGACCACAUUGUGAAAUUAUCACAAAAAGUGAGAAUGUGAGACCAUGCCGAUCAUCAUGGACCUUCAAGCUUCAUCCUGCCCAAGAGCAGCUGCUUAAAUACGUAUUGGACACUGACAACCUAGCGGGCGAGCUCAUUGUUAAAACAGGAAAAAGUUGCCUGACCCGAGCUGACUUCUGGGGGCUUGGAUUGAACAAGGAAAUGGAAUCAACCAUAGGAAAUGCGUGCUUUGAAGUUAUUGAGAAAAUUGCUCAAUCACAGGGGAAAACCAUUUUUGUUGCUGACCUCUAUGUUGUACCAACCUGGCGAAAACCAACAAUGUGUGAUCCACUUGCAAGCUUACCUAAUGAUGCUAAAAUCAGAGAUGCCAUUGUCAUUCCUGUGUGGAAACCUGGGCAUUUCCUUCUCUCUAAACCUUUCCCAGUCACUAAAUCCUGGCAACUGGACAGAGAAAACUGGAUUACAAAUUCAGGGUUUUCCACGACAACCAUAUGGGAUUGACUGUGGCAUCUUCAUGUUGAUGAAUGCCUUUUACACCACACUGGAUGCUCCCUAUGACUUUUCUGUUACGGACAUGCCACUUUUGCGACAGUGGUGGUGUAUCAUCCUUAUGGAAAAUUUUUACCUUGGAAGCCAUGGAAAGCUGUUCGCCCACUGGACAGAUGCAUCAAAAGCCCUCCUGCGAGGAUGAAGAGCAGCAGGCUGAGGUCUCAGUCAGACCUGCCGACAAGGACACACCAGUGGAAGGGGACUCGGUUGAAGAUCGUAUUCUGCAUGAUUGCAGAGA